CUAAAAACAUAAAAAAGGAGAAAAAUAAUGAAAAAGAGAAAUUUAAAAAAGCCACCUCAAAAUUCCAACCAUCUCCACUCUCAAAAACCCUACUACUACUACUACUACUACUACUACUACCAUACCAGUUUUAGUACUCACCUACUUUUCUUUUUAAUUAGUGCUAAAAUAACCAAAAGAAAAAAGAAAAGAAAAGAAAAGAAAAGAAAAGGAAAAUCUCUCCUCCUCCUCCUCCUCGGCUCCUCCUCUUCUUCAGAAUAAAUCAAAAUCAAAACCCCACCUUUUCUCCUUCCACACUCUUCUCCUCUCUCUCCUCGAGGCUCCAACGACAAUGUCUUCUUCGCCAUUGAUGAGCACUCCCCUCCGCCUCCUCCUCUUCUUCUUCUUCUUCUUUUUCUUCUUCCUCGUCGUCGUCCCCGUAUCCUCAUCGGCCAUGUCCUCGGACGUGGCCCUGCUGCUGGAGAAGAUAAAGCCGGCGCUGCAAGGACCGUCCUUGACGAACCCGGAGCUGGCGACGUGGAACGCGUCGACGCCGCUGUGCCUGUGGCGCGGCCUCCGAUGGUCGGCAUCGUCGGCGCCGGUGCCGUGCUCGGAGGCGGGGGUGCGGUCCAACCUCUCCCUCGUGUACGAGCCGACCCUCCAACUCGUCUCCCUCCGCCUGCCCGCCUCCGCCCUCUCCGGCUCCCUCCCCCCGGAGCUCGGCGCCUUCUCCUCGCUCGAGUCCCUGCUCCUCCCCGUCAACUCCCUCUCCGGGCCCGUCCCCCUCGAGCUCGCCAACUCCCCCUCCCUCUCCCAGCUCGACCUCGCCUCCAACUCCCUCUCCGGCGCCCUCCCCGCCUCGCUCUGGAACCUCUGCGACCGCCUCGUCUCCCUCCGCCUCCGCGCCAACGCGCUCUCCGGCCCCGUCCCCGACCCCGCCGCCCCGGGCUCCCCCUGCGACCGCCUCCGACUCCUCGACCUCGCCGAGAAUCGCUUCGACGGGCCCUUCCCCCUCUUCCUCACCGGCUUCCGCGCCCUGCAGGAGCUCGACCUCAGCGCCAACCGCUUCUCCGGCCCCGUGCCCCCCGAGCUCGCCCAGCUCCGCGGCCUCCAAAGGCUGAACCUUUCCUACAACAACUUCUCCGGCGAGCUCCCCGCCGCGCUCUCCCGCUCCCAGUUCGGCGCCGCCGCGUUCCAGGGCAACGACCCUUCCCUCUGCGGGGCUCCGCUGAGGAAGUGCGGGUCCGGCUCCGCGGGCCCGAGCUCCGGCGCCAUCGCCGGGAUCGUGAUCGGGACCAUGGCCGGGGCCGUGGUGCUCGCCUCCGUCUCGAUCGGGUGGGUGCAGGGGCGGAAGAGGAAGAGCCGGGGACUGGGCAAAGGGGAAGGCGACGACGACGGCGACGACGGCUGCAUAGAAAUGGAGGCAGGGCACGAAGGGGACGAGGGUAAGCUCAUUGUGUUUCAGGGCGGUGAGCACCUUACUCUAGAGGACGUGCUAAAUGCUACAGGGCAGGUGAUGGAGAAGACGAGCUACGGGACUAUCUACAAGGCGAAGCUCGCCGAAGGAGGCAACAUCGUGCUUAGGCUGCUGCGCGAAGGGAGCUGCGCCGACACGGCUUCGUGCUUGCCCGUAAUUCGGCAGCUCGGGCGGGUUCGCCACGAGAAUCUGGUCCCCCUGAGAGCGUUCUACCAAGGCAAGAGAGGGGAGAAGCUGCUCAUACACGACUAUUUCCCUAACAGAACGCUCCAUGAUCUACUUCACGAGAGUAGAGCCGGGAGGCCGCUGCUCAACUGGACGCGGCGGCAUAAGAUAGCGUUGGGGAUCGCGAGGGCGCUCGCGUACCUUCACACCGGUCAGGAGACGCCAAUUGCCCACGGCAAUGUGCGGUCGAAGAAUGUGCUUGUGGACGAGUUUUUCGUGCCGCGGCUAACUGAAUUCGGGCUCAACAAACUACUAGUCCCUGCAGUCGCCGAUGAGAUGGUAUCGGCCGCCAAAUCUGACGGCUAUAAAGCGCCCGAGCUGCAGAAGAUGAAGAAGUGCAACCCUAGGACCGAUGUGUACGCCUUCGGUAUACUGCUUUUAGAGAUUUUGAUGGGCAAGAAGCCGGGAAGGGGAGCUGGGAAGGGGAGCGGGGAGGGGUCCGACCUACCGGCGUUAGUAAAGGUGGCGGUGCUCGAGGAGAACACGAUGGACGUGUUCGACGUGGAGAUUUUGAAGGGGAUAAGGAGCCCGACGGAAGAAGGGCUCGUGCAGGCGUUGAAGCUCGCCAUGGGCUGCUGCGCGCCCGUGGCUCAGGUCCGGCCCGACAUGAACGAAGUCGUGAAGCAGUUGGAGGAGAAUAGGCCGAGGAAUCGGUCCGCGCUCUACAGCCCUGCCGAUACUAGGAGUGAAAUUGGUACACCCUUGUGAUUGUUGUUGUCGAAACCUUUAUCUUAUGGUAAUUGAUCAAUAGAAUUGGAUUAAUUUCAAUGAGCCUUCUCAAAGGAAAAAAAAGAAAAAAAUGCUGCUAUGAAAUUAGAGAAGAUUCAAGAUGGUAAGGAUUAAAGUCUCCUUGUUGGUUA